UUCGACAUUAUCCGAUCAUCAGAUAAAUAUAUGUAUCUAACUUCUGCACUCUCUUUCCUCCAUUUUCGUCUUCCACACUUUUCUCUCUCUAGAACCUUCUCUUCUCUUGCACGAAACUUAUCUUUACCAACUAAAGGGGCAAAGAACCCUAACUAUCUUAUCUUAUUGGAUAAUUUAUUCUAUAAUCGAAUGAUUUUUAAUAUAAUUCGAUUAAAACUAAAAAGAAUUUUAAUUUUUUUCUUUUUAAAAUUUGAAUUCGUAUAAUUAAUUUUUUUUUCUUCAAAGGUAAAAAUUGUAAAUUUGCUCAUAUAAUCAAUUUGUUUUGCCGAAAAAAAACAUCAUUUCUUCCUUUUUAAGUUCAAUUUUUUGAUUAACUAAAGGAUUUCUGCAAUUUUUACAAUAGUUAGCAGUUUGAUUAUUUAGGGUUUCAUUGAUUUUAACACUUGAAGUUUGUGAUAAUUCGUGUGAUUUUUCUUGUGGAUUGAAGAAUUUAAAAGGAAACACAAUCAGUUUAUGAUUAAAGAAAAAUUAUUUGGAGGAAAUAAUCCUCAAUUGAUUAGAUUACUGUUGCAGCGAAUUCUCGUCUUCUAGUUGUUUGAGGAAUUGAUGAGGAAUGAAAGAAAAAAAUCUGAAGGAGGAGUGGCAGCAGCUACUUCUUCAGGUCGACCGAAUGGGUUUAUUCCGAGUUCGUUCCGGGCGAUUUCUAGUUAUCUGAGGAUCGUGUCCUCAGGUGCUUCUAAUGUGGCUUCCUCGGUCCGGUCAGCAGCUUCGUCAAUUGUGUUGGAUAGGGAUGAUGAUCCUUGUUAUGAUCAGAUGAAGGUUCUUUGGGCUGGAUUUGACAACGUGGAAUUUGAGGGAAGCAUUGAACGAAAGGUCUUACUGCUGGGUUAUCAGUCUGGUUUCCAGGUAUGGGAUGUUGAGGAAGCACAGAAUGUUCAUGACUUGGUCACUAAACAUGAUGGUCCAGUUUCAUUUUUGCAAAUGCUGCCAAAGCCACUGCCAACGACGGCACCUAAGGACAAAUUUUGUGACAGUCGUCCUCUGUUGGUAGUGUACACCGAUGGUUCUCGUCUUCAAGAUGGAAGAAUUGCCCCUUGCAAUGGAAGUAAUGCUAGUUGCAGUGUUCCUGGGGAUGGACAUUAUGGUCCUUCUACAAUUCAAUUUUAUUCUUUAACUUCCCAGUCUUAUGUACAUAUAUCAAAGUUUAGAUCAGUUAUUUAUUCUGUUAGAUGCAGUCCUCGGGUUGUUGCUGUUUCUCAGGCAGCUCAGGUGCACUGUUUUAAUGCUGCUACCUUGGAGAGGGAAUAUACCAUCCUCACAAAUCCUGUUGUGACUAGCUGUCCUAGUUCUGGUAGCAUAGGCUACGGACCACUUGCAUUGGGUCCUAGGUGGCUGGCUUACAGUGGAAGUCCAGUAGAUGUUUCAAAUGCAGGACGUGUCAGCCCACAGCAUUUGACACCAUCAGCAAGUUUUCCUAGUUCAGUAUCAAAUGGGAGUCGUGUGGCUCAAUAUGCAGUGGAAUCCAGCAAGCAUCUUGCUGUUGGAAUUGCAACCCUGGGAGAUAUAGGUUAUAAAAAGCUGUCCCGAUAUUGCUCUGAGUUAUUACCAGAAUCUAAUCACACACUUCUAUCUGGAGUUUCUAGAAGCAAAGCCAAUGGCAUUGUAAAUGGGAAAAAUGGCCAUCUGCCGGACAUGGAGAGUGUUGGAAUGGUCAUUGUGAAAGAUGUUGUUAGUAAAUCGGUGAUCACUCAAUUUAGAGCACACAAAAGCCCUAUUGCUGCAUUAUGUUUUGAUCCUAGUGGGACCCUUCUGGUGACAGCCUCAGUUAUGGGUCAUAACAUCAAUGUUUUCCGCAUAAAGCCUGAACUUUUGACAUCUGAUUUUGGUGGUUCCUGUGUGCAUCUUUACAGACUGCAACGUGGCCUGACAAAUGCGAUUAUCCAAGAUAUAACUUUCAGCACUGACAGCCGCUGGCUCAUGAUAAGCUCUUCAAGGGGCACCAGCCAUCUUUUUGCUAUUUCUCCUUUUGGUGGUUCUGUGGAUCUUCAAUUUGCAGAUACUAGAGAUGAAAGUAAUGGGUUUAGUGUCAUGAGCAAUUCAGUGGUUCCAUCUUUGCCUAAAUCUCCUGGCCAAAUGUUCAAUAAAAACGACUUUUUUGAAUCUGGUCCACCUGUUACUCUAUCCGUUGUUAGCAGGAUAAGAAAUGGAACUAAUGGUUGGAAAGGCUCCAUUAAUGGUGCUGCAGCUGUUGCAUUGGGAAGGAAUAGUGUUGGCUCUGGUGCUGUUGCUGCCUCUUUCCAUCUUUGCAAAGGCAACGACAUGCAUGUUAAUGCUUGUAAUAUGAAGUCAAAGUAUCACUUGCUCGUUUAUUCUCCUUCUGGUAGUUUGAUCCAAUAUGCACUGCGAGUUUCUGUUGGCCAAGAUUCACUAGCUACUGUAUCUGGAAUGGGUCCUGCUUAUGGAUCAGUUCCCGGCAAUGAUUCAAAACUAAUUGUUGAGGCAACUCAAAAAUGGAAUAUUUGUCAGAAACGGAGGGAUAGAGAAGAUAACUUUGAUAUUUAUGGUGAAAAUGGCAUCUCAGAUUCUACAAAAUUAAUUUGUGAAGAGACCAGAAAUGGAUAUGGUGGUGAUUUAGCUAGAUCUGAAGUAACUGCUGAUGAAAGAAAUCAACUUUUUAUUUCAUCAGCUGAAUUGCAAAUGCAUGAAAAGCAUGUUCCGCUUUGGGUCCAAUCUCAGAUUUGCUUUCAGUCGAUGAUAAAUGAUGGCAUCAGGAUAGAUGGUGAUAACACAGGUGGGGAAUUUGAGAUUGAAAAUAUUCCUGUACGUACAAUUGAAGCUAGAUCCAAGGAUUUGGUUCCUGUUUUCGAUUACGUGGUUAAUUCUAAAUCUCGACUUGCAAGAGUUGCUGCUGCAAACGGAAAGAUUGAACCUAAGCUGAUGGCUGUAAAUGGUAAUCUAUCAACUGGUGUCAGGCCAGAUGAUUUUGGCUCAAUGGCUGAAAUUGGAAUGAAACUCCGUUGUGACGUUGGCAAAAACAAGAAUGGUAUAGUGAAUCCUGCAGAUGCGAAAAUGGUCAAUGUGAAUGCUAAUGAUUUCCCCAUAGGAAAGUCAUCUGAGCUUCAGAUUGUAAAUAAUAGAGACAAAGAACACUUGAAAGAUGGGUAGCUGUUUCAAGUUUGUAAUUACAGCAAAGCCUUGAUAAUGAAGAAUCGGUUUGAAGGCAAAGAUUAAGAGUGCUAUUAGAGGCUGUGUUGCACAAGCUACUCAUCAGUCACCAUAUUGAUGUUGAGAUGCUCCGGUGUUUCCUCUGGUUGGUUUGUUGAUACAACAUUUUUUCGUCAUUAUAAUACAAGUGUUCAUGGAAAAAACAAGGCACUGUCGCAUUGUUUGCAUUGUAAAGGUUUUUUUUUGUUAACAAAAAAGUAUUUGAUAUUUUCCGUGUUGUGAAGUAUUAAGGAAUACCUCAAGUUUUUAACUGAUAUUUAGGCGUUAUGAUAGAUAAAUUACUUUUGUUAUCGUAUUAUCAUUUUGUUAUCACAAUCCCGACAUGUUAUUUAAUUUAAUGUUAUUGAA